AUGAACGCCGACGAAAAAUUUGAGCUAAUUACAAGAGGAUUACAAGAGGUUUUGAACCCCCAAAUCAUAAAAGAUGUCUUGGAGAAAGAAGAAAGGCCUCUCAAGGUGUACUGGGGAACUGCCCCAACUGGAAAACCACAUUGUGGCUAUUUCGUGCCGAUGGUGAAAUUGGCACAUUUUUUGAAAGCUGGUUGCGAGGUUACUGUCCUUAUCGCAGAUUUGCAUGCCUAUUUGGAUAAUAUGAAGGCACCUUUGGAGGUCGUUCAACACCGCUCCCGGUAUUACGAAUUUGUCGUAAAGGCCAUCUUGAAGUCUCUCAAUGUACCUAUCGAGAAAUUGAAGUUUGUUGUAGGUUCAUCCUAUCAGUUAAAUGGUGAUUACACCAUGGACAUCUUCAAGUUAUCAAAUAAGAUCUCUCAAAAUGAUGCCAAAAGAGCCGGAGCUGAUGUUGUGAAGCAGGUUGCAAACCCAUUGCUUUCGGGGUUGAUUUAUCCUUUGAUGCAAUCUCUUGAUGAAGAAUAUUUGGGUGUAGACGCGCAAUUUGGUGGUGUUGAUCAAAGAAAGAUCUUUGUUCUAGCCGAGGAAAAUUUGAAUGGGAUUGGCUACAAAAAGAGAGCUCACUUGAUGAAUCCAAUGGUACCUGGAUUAGGUCAGGGUGGAAAAAUGAGCGCUUCAGACCCAAACUCAAAAAUUGAUGUGAUCGAAGAUCCCAAGAUUGUCAAAAAGAAAAUCGGUGCUGCAUUUUGCGCCCCUGGUGAUGCCAAUAAUGGUUUGAUAGCAUUUAUUGAGAAUGUAAUCCAACCAAUUCACGAACUCAAGACUGAGGAGAGGGGCUCAUUUAGUUUCUACAUUGACAGGCCUGAUAAGUAUGGAGGGCCGAUUAAGUUCGAUAGCGUGAAGGAAUUAAGAGAUGCAUUUGUCAAUGGCAAUCUAUCACCGGUCGAUUUGAAGGCCGGUGUCACAGAUAAAAUCAAUGAAUUAUUAGAACCGAUCAGGACAGCAUUCGAAGAAAGUAAGGAAUUUCAAGCUGCUGCGGCUGAUGGCUAUCCUGUGGAGGUUAAAGAGAAAAAGGUCAAGAAAGUCAAGAACAAAGGUACACAGUAUCCUGGAAAGGUUUCUGCAGCUUCUGAAAAGAAUUCGCUGUCCGUUGAUGGAUUAUCAGCUAAAGUUGGUUCAGUUGACCUUGAAUAG